AUGUUGACCAUUCAGAACCGUCAGGCCAAAGAAGGUCAAGAACAUCUCACACAGCGGGAACAUCCCCAUCGACGCCAUCACGAGGGAGCGUUCCAUGGCUCAACCGUCAGGCCAAAGAAGGUCAAGAACAUCUCACACAGCGGGAACAUCCCCAUCGACGCCAUCACGAGGGAGCGUUCCAUGGCUCGUGAGUUCAAGGAAGUCUUGGGAACGGCUCAGUCUGUAGGAUGCACUGUGGAAGAACAGAACCGUCAUGAUAUCAUUGAUCAGAUCAAUGAUGGAGACAUUGAAAUCCUAGAGGAAUGA